UUAUGUUGAAGGUAUUGUUUUUUCUGUAAUAUUUAUGCUUUUUCGUUGUAGUGAAUUGGGUUUUGUUAUCAAAGCGUUUAGGAGCCAUGGCUGGCUACAGAAGAGUAAAUUAUUACGAACUUUGUCGACUUUGCACGUCAAGCGAAGGGACGAAGAUGCACAUUUUCCGCGAAGAAGGCCGACGAAGACAACUCCCUACUAAAAUACAGAUCUGUUUACCAUUGCAGGUCUGUGAGGACGACUCCCUCCCCAAAAUAAUCUGCAGCCAGUGCGUGGAAAAGCUGGAGAGCUUCUACGACUUCCGAGAGUCGUGCAUCAACGCAGAGGCCAUGCUCGAAAGCUAUUUCACCUCCUUGCGCUAUUCCGAAGACUUCACAAGAGAGGGCAAGGUUGGAAUAGCAAGAAAUGUGUACGUGAAGGAGGAGUGCCCGUCCAAGAAGAAGGGCUCGGACUCUGACGGCAGCGGCGGGGGCAAGCCGCCCCUGCCGCAGCAGCAACAGAAGGUCGCCAUAGCGACUGCGGCUGACGGCCUCAACAGCCUGGUGCAGGCGGCGGGCAUCCAGAUCGUGAGCGAUGCCGAGGGGACGCGGGUGCAACAGUACAAGUGCGCCAUGCAGAUGCAGCCGGGCGCCGCGGGGACCACGGUCGUGGAGGCGGCGGCCUCGGAGGCCCGCUACAGCUACGAGCCCUGCGCGGCCUCCGGCACGCCGCGCCCCCUGGAGGAGAGCGCGGCCGCCGCCCAGGCCGUGGUCAUCUCGAAGGUGGAGGACGGCAGCACGCAGUGCAGCGAGACCGACUUCAACAACAAGGUGACUGGCGGCGACGGGCCCGCAACACGCUCCCACGCGACCGAUCUAAACUCGAUGUUCUACAGCCAGUCGCCGGGCAGCAGCGACGGCAGCGAGGCGGUCGUGGGGCAGCAGCCCCAGCAGACGGUGGCCUUCGCGACGGCCGCCGGCACCGGCCAGGAGAUGCUGGUGCACUUCAACUUCACCAAGGACCGCGAUGGCUUCCUGCGUGCGGACGACACGGCCGCCACGCUCCAGAGGGUCGACAUUCCCGCGGCGCAGGCGACCUCCAUGGCGCAGAUAGGAGAGUUCCUGCGCAUGAAGACGGUGAGCAUCACCGACGGCACGCUGCCCACGGCCGUGGUGGAGGUGGCGGGCACCAUCGCCCGGCCGUGCGACGAGUGCGGGAAGCUGUUCACGACCGCGGAGGAGCUGGAGAACCACGCGCCGUGCGGCCAGAAGGGCGGCGCGCCCGGCGACGACAAGAACGGGGGCAGCUUCGCCUGCGAGAUCUGCGGCAAGCUGUUCAAGCGCAAGGAGCACCUGUUCCAGCACCGCAAGUUGCACACGGGCGAGCGGCCGUACGUGUGCGGCGUCUGCUCCAAGGCGUUCAGCCGCAAGGAGCACCUGGUGCGGCACGCCGUCUCCCACACCGGCCAGAAGAUGCACGCCUGCGACAUGUGCGGCAAGGCGUUCAGCCGCAAGGACAACCUGCACAAGCACCGCAAGACGCACGGCGUGGCGGGCCCGUACGUUUGCGAGACCUGCGGCAAGUCCUUCGUGGUGAAGCACUACUUCCUGAUGCACCGCGGGACGCACGCCGGAGGGGGCGGGGGGGAGGACGGGGCGGGGCUGAAGGUGGAGGAGGGGGCGGAGGUGGCGGACCCGCUCCCGUACAAGUGCGACCAGUGCGACAAGGCGUUCGCCGCGAAGCAGUACCUGGCGAACCACAAGAUGCGGCACCGCGGGAAGCAGGCGGCGCAGCAGGCGGCGCAGCAGGCGGCACAGCAGGCGGCGCAGCAGCAGCAGGAGGAGCAGCAGGUGGCACUGCCCCACGCCGGCGCGCCGCCGCUCACCACCAUCAACAACGCGGCGCUGCUGGCGCCCAACAUCCUGCACCAGGUGCAGACCACCAGCGCCAACACCACCGCCGCCAUGAUCCAGGUGUCGACGUCCAGCGCCGGCGGCACCACGUACCUGUGCGCGCCCACCACCGUGUCGGCGAGCGAGCUCAUAGAGACGUACCGGCGCCUGCACUCAGCCUGAUCGCCAGCGCGCUAGCGUCCGUAGCGUCCUCCGUGGCGGGCAGGAACACCGUGGACCGGUCCUUGCCUUGGUGUUCGCUAUACUUCCGUCUCGGUUGCCUUUUACGUGACACUUUUUUUUCCAUCUUCCGAUUGCUUCGUCUGAUGCCGUGUGAUCUCGUUACAGAUUGAAUUUUUUCCUCUCGCUACACCCUGCACAGUUGUUAUAAAAAAAAAUUUUUGUCUGGGGAGUGUGGGUAAAGUAUCUCACUGUGAUUGCUUACUGAAAACAUCACGUAUUUCAGCUCAACACAUACUAUUACACAUUACGUCAUCUUGGAACAACGUGUAUUUCCACAUAUUGCGAUUGCCGCGCACUGUUCGCCAGUUCUCUUCGAGCUCUUGGGACUGGUUUCUGUACCUCCACACUGUUGCCAGAAUUGAUAAUGUGUUUUAUUUCUAUUAAAACAGAGCGUAGAAUACGGAAAGUGCAGUACUACAAAAGGGGGUGAAAACGUUAUAACCCAAUAUUAAAAUGAACUAAUUUUGAUUUAUUUUAAAUCAGAUUUUUACCUUGUUCAUCAAAACAUUUCUUGGAUAUUACUAAGUAAAUAAUCCUUAGGGCAAGUAAUAGGUGCAAAUUAUGCUCUUUGGAUAGCAUUUUAAAUUAAUUACAUUAUCUUUAACUGCUGAGAUUACAUUUUUAACAGUUUUUAUUGCUUCAAACUACAGACGAAACACCUCCUAUAGCUGGUUGGCAGUCGACUGAUCACAACAUGCUUGUUGAACCGUGAAGCUCGGUAAGGGAUAGGCUUGGGUUUGAUCGUGUCCAGUGCUGCACGCAAGGGCAGGGGUCAAUAGUUCCCCGACACGGGCAGGAGCACGGUGUUGGUGCUCAGAGGUCGUAGCUUCCUUGCAAAUUAUCUUUACAUUUAUCGUCAUUGAACUCGGGCCUGUUCACCUGUUUGCCAUUCCUCUAGAUCCUCCUGUAGGUAUACUGAGUUGGUUGCGUACGUAUGUCGCUAGUUAAUAGCUGUAAUUACAAUGAUGAUAUGGUGAGGGGGUGAACGAAUUGUCUCUUCGAGACAACAAUAAAAUAGGUAAAAAAAAAUGCAAAGAGAAAUCUUCAACUAACCUGUAAAGACAAAGCACUCUUCUGUAAAUCAUUCCCAAUCAGUUACGGACACAUCUGCCCAUCCAGUUCAAAAUCCAUCUGGAACGAGUUACUGGUACUUUUUCCUCUUGAUAGACAUGAAGAUAAAUUAUUUAUUACUCAUGCUGUGAUGACCUUCAGUUCUACUCUUCGUCGUAUUUCGUUGUGACCACUCCACGGUGUUUCUGCUGCUCCGCACGAAGCCGUGGAGCGCGUGCCGUGUCGACGGGAAGUGCGGUGGUGGGCGGGAGUGGUUCUCGACGAGACGGGAGACGCCGGCUCGUCCCGUGCCACGGACGUGCGUGCCAGGACGUGGUGACUCCUGCUACUCGGUGGGCGUGACGUUUUAUUUAUAUUGUUUGUGUGUGAUGUGCCAGUUUGUACACAGCCCUGGACUGUGUCUUCAUCGUAGAUAUUUUAUAUUUGAUUACUGGUAUAUGUGUUUAUCAGAGAAGAAAUGUUUAUAAUAUAUUUUAUUUUGUAAACUGCUUUGUAUGAAAUGCUAGGAGUGGUGGCAUAUGUCCUUCCGAGUGUGAGGUUGGGUGGCAGUUCGACUGGGGAUCAAUAAGGGGGUGUGGGCGUGCAGACUAUAAUUGUGAGUGUUGUAAAAAUGCCUGGCAGGCCAGAAGUAUGUAUUAGUGGUUAUGAUUUUCGUCUGACACUUUGAGUCUUCACCAUGCUUAGUAAUGUCCUGUUUUAAGGUCCGUGAUCAUCGCAUUGUAGGCGAUGGUUCACACUCAUUUGCUGUAGUUCAUGAAUAUAUCAAUCAAGCAAAUGGGUAAAAGUGCGUAGUACGCGCAGAAAACGAAAACUUGAAGCAUCAGAACAUAAUUUAAAGCAAAAUGCUUGUAAUGUGGUGUUUUCAUAGAGUGUUAUUUUGUGGUGAGAUAGUCAGUGUGUGUUCUGCCGUUCACAAAUUUUUUAAUAUUUAAUAGUAGCAUGUUAGUAUUUAUAAGCUAAUAGAUGAAAUGUAUUUUCGUAUUAUUAUUUGAUUGCAGAUUGUGUUAUAUUUCAUUUAUCACGUCUGUGUAUCAAAAUCUACUUCAACUAUCUUGAGAGGCUAUUCACAUCUGACUUAAUGAGUAAUGAAUGACUCAUAACUGGGGUUUGAGCCAGAUGACGUUAUGACAAGCCCACACGCAAAAGGUCUUAAGUGUCACCACUCCUGUUUGUGCGCGUCCGAUGUGAGCUCUUUUUACAACUUGUAAAUGUGUCAACUUUUUGUAUUUAUUUGGUCAUUCGAGACUUCCGGCAAAGUCUGCUAGAGGCAGUAGACGUUGGUUUCGAACUUUGCAUGCACAAGUAUUUUAACGAUGAUGUAGUGCUUUUUUUUAUGAUGCUGCCAUGUUUGUGUGGGUUGCCACCCGUAAUAAAAUGUGGGAACUCUUGCUACAGGCAGUCGAGAACAUUUAUGUUGGGAUCAUGCAGCCAUUUUGUAUUUAGGCACAUUCCUUUCACACACACACACCCACACACACUACACUACACAGAAACUGCUUUCAACAGUGCAGAAAGUCUGCAGAAAUAUAAUUAUAUAAUUGUGAAGAAGAAAAAAAUAGUAGAUUUUUAUUGGGUUUAUAUCUCCUCCGUAAAGUUAAGUUUUAAGUAAAGAUGCUUAGCUUGCAAGUUGUUCACUUUUAACAAUACCACCAAGAUGUCUUACCUGCAAACAAGUUCUAAAAAUUGGCUUCUCUGUUUUUCUUCCUUCUGUUGACUCGUGUAGUUUGACUGCUCAGCAAAGUGUCAUGUUCUCAGAUGUUGAAUUGGCAGUCUGCAUGCAUUUGUUUUCAGAUUUCAUUAGGUGCAGUCAAAAUGUUUUUAUGAUUCUCUGAAACAAGAGGGGCCACAUGUUUAAAAGUACAACGCAUUUUCAAAAAAAAAAUUUUGAGUGGGCUGUGGAGUAAUGUCGGCCGGACGGGUUCGUGGAUGUAAUGUACAGUAUUUUAAUGCCAUCAUGCUGAGAUGAACACUUUUGAAAUCUACCUUUGAGAAAUAGCCGGACACAAAUCCAGCUAGCAGAUCAGGCAGUUAAAAAAAAAAAUUUUAAUACAGUAAACUCUCAAUUAUCCGGGCCUGGAUAAUCAGGUUUUAGGGUUAUCCGGUUUUCGUGUUAUCCGUGCUUAAAUUUAGUUUAUUUUUUGGUUUGUUAUAUUUUGUAGCUGUAAAAAUAAAAAACGGAUGGCAGUGCUCUGGCACAUUUUUUCGCUUGGCCGUUGUGUAUUUUUAACCACCCUGGGUCGCCCACCCCCUCAGCUGUCACACUUGUCACUCUUUAACCCGGGGGGGGGGGGGGGGGGCUGACUGCUGCUUCACUCCAGUAUCCGUCUCGUCUGCUUCACGUGCUUCUGUCUGCCCGGCGAGUGACGAGAAGAGACACUGGGAAACAAGAAAGAAAUAGCCAGAGUUUGUGUGUGCAAAGUCUGCGCUAGCUUAUCUUGAGCAGUGUUAGGUUAACGUUUCCUCUCUGGCCAUUGUAAAUUAUCAUGAACCUUUUCUUUCACGACAGGUUUUCGUGAUGCCAGCAAUAUUGUUUUCUCGUGCUAUUUAUUUCCCUCGCUUGUAACUGCAGUGUUUCAUCCCUCUUAGAUUUAUGGAAACUUUUCUGUGUGAGGUAUGUGAAAAUCACUCCUCUGAGAAUUGUGUAUUAUAAUGCUUCUUACAUAUCCCUCCAGCCUGGCACAUGUUUCUCUGCGAGAUAGUUUCAUGAAAGGACAAGGAACUGAGAAGGAGUAAUUUGCCGCCGAUGCUGACAGAUAGAAAAAAUUCAACAUGACGAAGGGGUUUGGGGUGGGGACUGCCGCCUCUCCAGUAGACAGAUGAAGACCACAUGGCGAGACAGUGUCCUGUUGAUCAUGGUCCAAUAUGGUGCUGCACAUAUUAGAGGGCGACCCUUACCGUGAAACAAAUUAUGUAUCCGGGUUAUUUAAGGGAUUUCAACUAUUCAGGAAUUGGUACGUCCCAAAUAACACACAUAAUCGAGAGUUUACUGUAUUUUAAUUGGUGACUCUGAACAUGGAUUUCUUGUUAUUGAUAAUCAGUUUAUGUAGUGUCGAAAAAAAUUGAAAAAAGUACGUAAUUUAUUGUACAGUCAGUGACAUUGAGGAAAGUAUUCAGUUUUUGUUCAAAAAAAUAAUGUUCAUGUUUUUAAAUCACCAUUUUUAUCAUAGACUCUUACUGAAAGAUUAUUUUAAACACAUACUUAGGUAGGUGUGAUAAAUUGUAGCAGUUCCUGAGUUAUCAGUGUGUGAUCUUGCAAGGGCACACAUCACUGGGCCUGGCAGUGGUUCAGAAGUGUUCAUUUACCCAUGAACCAAUUACAACCACUAGGAUUGUUUUGAUUUUUUAUUGGUCACAAUGUGGGAAGAAUGUUUGGAACAUGUACCGCUGAUAUUAGUUCAAAAUCAUGCCUUUUUUUUUUUUCUUUUUUUUUUUUCUUUCUUUCCACAACUGUUUCUGUGGCAAUUGUAGGAAAAUAGUUUUGUGCUGAUCUGAACAUAUUCUGGCAUAGAAGUAUGUAAACAUAUUUUGUGCUUAAUAAUUGUGAUUUUUUAUAUUUUCCUUUAAUUUUUUUUAAUGAUUCAUUUUAUUUUAAGCAUCUUGCAGUGAGCAUAUGAAUUGUAAUGACAGCCAGUUGUAUAGUUUUUACCUUCAAAACAAUACAGCAUGCUCUGGUACGUGUUAGUGCAGUAUUUUAAAACUGUGGUUUUCGUUGAUGCGAUUAUAUCUGAAUUUUUUUUUAUCGAUGCAGAAUUUCACUUUGACGACGUUGCUUGGCGUUGUGAAGACGCUCCCGGCCAGCUGCCGGGCCGAGGCGAGACUUGUGCCCACGCGUAGCACGGCGUGCAGUCGGGAGCCUGAACAUAUGUACAGACAAAUUUCUAUGUAAAUUCUUUUAACCUUAGAUGGUGCUUAUUAAACUUGGAAUUGGCUGUUCCCCCACAGCAGGCAGUACAAGUCAGGAAACAUACACCAUGUGUUCUCGGUGCUCGACAGAAUUAGCUACAGUUUUGCACCAGGUUGGGCAUUAUGGACCUAAACAAUCGUAAACGUAAUGUACUAAUAUUGUUGACCGUGACGUGUCGGGUGGCUCAGGAUAUCUGGUGAAUUCUUUAUUUUUUUUGUAUGUUUUUAAAAAAUAUAUGUAUUUAUGAUUUUGUAGUGCUUCUUUGUUUUUUUUUUUUUUUCCAAGUAGUGUGAUAGUAAAUUUACACCACUAAAUAGGUUCCAAGUUAUGUGUUUGUUUGAACAGCGAUAAGAACUUGCACAUAGUUGUGCAAAUGUUCAUUAACAUUAUUUAUAUCACAACAAUCGGAAAUUUCAUUUUGAUUUCCAAAAGAAAUUCUGUUGGUAAAAGCCAUAGUAGUGUAAAACAAAAGUUUUAAAUUUGUCAGUAUCAAAUGUUAUACUACAACUACAUAAUGUAGUUGGAAGAUGUCAUUAUUCUUGUACAGAAUUAAACAUCUAAUUUAUUUUAGUAUCAAUUCUAAGUUUUAAUAAAUAUUUACUUACACAAAUUCAGUUUUUUGGUUCUAAUAUAACAUUUUUUUUAUUCUGUCAACCGUUUUUGGUAAAAAGUGAAUGUUGAAUGAAUAACUCAUUUUUGUUUCAUUUUGUUGAAGCAAAGCAGCAUUCACAACAGCUGACACUUCAUUUCCGUGGCAGUUAACUUUGAUGAAUUCCUGCCAAGACUCCUGAAAGCUCAUCUGACAGCCCUGCAAGAUAAACUAGAGAUGGGUUGAGUUAAGAUUAAGAAUCAAGAAUUGACUUACUGUGAUUUAGAACCACCAAUAAGGUUCUAGGAUGUUUUAAGUCAACAUUUUCCGAAAGUUAAAAAUGACGACCACCUUUUGUGCAAAAUAACAUUAGUUACGAGAUGAUGAAAUACUGGAACUGUCUCGUCUCAUAGCUAUCUAAACUUUGAUUUUGAAAGCCAAGCAGAUUCUGAAACUUAAAAACGCACUUCAUAAUGCUGAGACGUGUGCUGCAGGACUGUGGAUCUCCGGCCUGCUCAAAGAAACGGUUGCACAUGCUGAUGUAAGGCAGAUGUUUUAAUAGACCCUUAAUUGCUCAUACACGGUUCUCAUUACAUUUGGGGAAAUGCUACCCAAUAAUUCGCUGAAGCAUUUGAAGUUAAUUAUAGGCACAAUGAAUGUUUUUGUUUCUACCAUAUUCAUGCAUUUUCUUUUCAUGGAAAUUUGGUAAUUGGCUUAUAUAUCAUGUUACAGUAUUUGCAUCCUGUAAAAAAAAAAUUAAGUAAAGGUUAACCUUGUCUAAAUUAAUCCUUAUGUUUUUCAGACAAAGGUAAUAUUUUGCUAGAAAAUUGGGGGUUCUAAGAUGCUAUUGAAGUCUUGACCAUGUUGCUUAAAGGUCAUGACAUUUCAAGUUUAAUAAGCAUUGAUUAACUGCCAGUGUAAAUAUGUGCAGAUAUUAUGUACAGUAGAAAUGGAUAAUUAGUGUUAGAAGAAUUUUCAACUCAAAAGACAUCACAAUAUUUUCUUAAUUUUUAGCAUGUAAAUAUUUCCUCACAUUGUGCACGGCUGAAAAAGUAUUGUCAAGCAUUUAGUAAUUAAAUGCUGAUGAAAUUUAAGUGAAUUUGUUUUAAUACUGACAUGAAAUGGCCUUGUAAAGGUGUAAGGAAUUAUUUUUUUUUUUGUGUUAAAAACUUUGGUUUAUUCUAGUCUUGACUCUAUUGUUCAGUGAUGCAGCAGUGAAAUAAAUGAUGAAUGUGGUACUUGUUUUUGUGUAAAUGUGGAGGAGUAUUUUAUCAUGUGUGGAUUCCUCUUGAACAUGGGGAUGGCAUGCGGACAUCUUGCCAACAGUUGGCGUUGCUGGGUUCUGUUGUUGCAGUCCAGACCUUGGUGUGGCUUCUUCACCACCAAGUUGCGUGGUGGUUUGGUUAAAUGAGGGAAUUGUUUCCCAUGCUGGUCCCAUCAAAGUCAAGUCUUGUAUUACUAUAUUCUGAUGCGUUCUCAGGCCUGACCACGCACGUUCCUGCAAGUCUCAGUUGGCUCAGACUCAUCUUCACUGCCUUGGCUUCAUUCAGUAUGAGUCCGUGAUUAAUGGGCAGGUUACGUUCCCGGAAAUAGUCCAUUAAUAAAGCAAGUUUCUCCUCAAGGAACAAUGUUAAUUUCCCAGAUUAUGGUCCUAGACCUUCCAAAAUGCCUACCUACAUUACAUUUUGCAUAAUUUCUCAUACAUCAUUUGGCAAUAAUAUUAUGCAUUAACAUUAAUUACUCCAAUUAAAUUUUACAUAAUGCGUACCGUGUUUUGUUUUACUGGCAAAUUUUUUUUGCUAAAAUUUUGAUAGAAAAGUGGGGCCUUUAAGUGAACAAGCUUUGGUUAUUUGUCAAUCAGUGUUCUCGUAGCUCCUCUGUGAAGUGCUUUACGGGCUGCAAGAACCUCUUUCAGACCUGCCAACUCUCACGAUUUUGGUGUGAGGCUCACGAAUUUAAGGUCCAUCUCACGCCCUCACGCCAAAAUAGUGUUUCCUCACUAUUUUUUGGAGCCCCAAGAUUUUGUUUGUAAAAGUUACAAAAAAAGUUUUACGAAAGCUUACAGUAUCGAGUUUCCAUCAAUACUCGAGUCACGUAAAGGAAGCAAUUUUGCGUUUUGUAGCAUGUGCCGUGCUGAUUUUUCUAUUUUUGCAUAGAGGAAGAGGAGACAUUGUGAAACAUGUCGCUACAAAAAAAAAACACAACUAACACGUGAAGUGUAUUGCUUCCAAUAAAAAAAUUAAUUUUGCUGUGAACAGUGAUAAUAGUGUUACACGAGCAGAAUGUUAUUUUACAUCUUUUUUAGUUGCGGCCCUGCAUGAUCACUACACGACAGCGCUAAAUUAUGUUCAACUAAAUUAAAUCUGCAACCUAUAAUUUGUUGAAAUAAAUUUUGAAGCAGAGACCAUGUAACACAUGUACAGGUAUGUCACUUAAAUUUAAAGAUUCUCAUUUGUUGUGUUUUAUUUCUAACUUGUAUUUAUGGGCCUGAAAAUUUUUAUCGAGGACCUCAUGAUUUUUUUAAUUUGAAUGUUGGCAGGUCUGCUCUUUGGUGACACCUGCCUAGAUUUCGAUGAAGCGUGCUUGCCUGGCAAUACUGACGGUAUCCUAAACAGACUCGGGCCAUAUCUUUCACCGUGCUCCAUGCAUGCAUUUCAGAGACAAUUCCUGCCAGGUUUGAUGAUGGUUUGGAUCACAUUCAGGAUGAUUAAAAUAUGUGCCUAAAGUUGAAGUUCCUGCUCUAGGUUUUUCCUUCCCCAUCAGUGGCAUCGAGAAAUUGUUAAAUAUCACGCCUUAAAGGCUGGUCUAUUGGCUUAAAAAAGGGUGAAUUUUUCUGGGGUGAGAUACUACUUUCAAAUUUUUGUGCACUUUGUCACUGGUGAUUGGAUGUCAUGGAGCAUUCUCAAAGAGGGAAGAAUCUUUAAACAUGUUUUCCGUGGUACAGUAUACCUUGAAUUCUGGUAUUGUAUGUAGCGUUAGACACACUCAAAACAUUGCAUCUAUUAUCCACACCUUUUUUGUUCACCUUUUAGAUAAUGGGCAGGUGUUCCUUGGAAUGUCCUUUCAAGGCUCGUGGUUUGACAGCGUGGCCAAUCAAAAAGAGGCUUCAUUUUGUAAUCUCCUGAUGCAUGGCUUCCUGACCAACACUGCAAGAUGAUUUUGGCUACUUUAAAGCCAGGUGCAGUCUUCCCUCUCGUUAAGUGUGUGUUCUGGCCAACAUAUGUUUCCAUAAGAGCCCAGUUUCUGUCAAUGUUGAAUAUUUGCUUACAUGUGUACUUUCCAUUUCCAGCGAUACCCUGGAGUUCUGGGUUAAACGUCUCUGCAGCCUUGCCUGCCACCUUAUUGUAGCUGUGGCAUUUUAUGAAACUGUCAAACCACCGACUGGCACUUAAGUUUUCGCCCUGUGAACCUACUCCUCUAGCUGAAAGAACUGCACAGAUUUCCUUUUCAUAACAAGACUUGCGUGCCAAUGAAAGGGGCGAGUUGGCUUUCGUUUUCUUUGCUGUCCGUAUCAUACACAUUAGCAGACACACUUUUAAAACAGUUGUCAUCCUUAGAUAACCAUUAUACAUACAUGCAUGCUUUAAUUAUUCAUGUGUGUGUGCGCGCGCAGUGUAGCGUUUGGAUGUGUUUAUACACAAGACUAUUCAAAAAUUGCCAACCCCGCCCGUUCAUAAGUUGCAAUGCUGAAAUGUUCGCAGUAGUGUGUUUGGCGUUCAUUAACCAAACUGAAAGCAACAAAAUACUCUCUCUCUCUCAUAACAAAAGCCUAUUAAUUGAGAACUUGCUGUAUUUUGUUGUGGUCAAUUGGCUCAUAAUUGAUGUUCACUUCAUUGUUUGUAGAUUUCAUCAGUAAUCAUUUUCAUUGUGUUGUAUAUUUGCUUAAUGCUUACCACAGAGAUGUUAUUAUAUCUCAUUUUACAUUUAACUUUUCUUUUAUUGUCUUAAUGUAGUUACUCUUCAUUGUGGUUGUGUUAGGUUCAGUACUUAUCUUCAGUGUGAUGAUUGUCUCCACGGGAGUUUUCGUGAUAAAACUGGACCACAACACACCCAAUCAAACCACCUGGAGUCUGUGAUAUGCUGAAUGAUUUCUUCUCCAUUCUCGACUUGUCACAUGCAUCUGUCUCUCUGUCUCUAGAUAGCUCAUUGACUUAAGUGUGACAAAAAUAAAAAUGUGAAUGAGCCUUUCAGUACUCGCCAGAGAUAUGCAACACCUGACUUGUAAUGAGAAAAUUCAUGUGUUUUUCAUGUUGCACAUACACUUAAAUUUCAUGUCCAUGUUUCUUAUUAUAACAUUGAAUUCUUUAAAAUAAUGCUGCAUGUGAUAAAUAUAUGCAAAUUAAUUUUUUAACUACAUUUCUGGAUGCAAAUCACAUAUUGUUUCCGCAUCCGCCGCUAGAAUUCAUAUCUGGAGCAGCAACGUUGACUAUUGAAUCAUUUGAGUAGAAAACAUAAAUUUUAACUAUGCAAUGAAACUGCACCAAUAAAAGUGAAAAAGACUCAAAACAGUAUUAAACCCUUGCUUUGGGUCUGAUUUUUGACAGGGAAUUUUAUUAAAUUCUGUCCAUCUUACUAAAAUUCAUUUAACAGUUAAUACUGUUAAAAAUUCCCUUUGGCUUUAUGAACUUAAUUUGUGCCAUCCACUAAAGAACGCAGAGCCGUGAAUACACAUUUUCAUUCUGUGAGACUUCCGUUCUAUUCGCAAAAUUACUCCUACGAAAUUCUGUAUAUAGAGCUAAGAUGUUGCACAUCAAAAACUGCAUUAGUGAAUAUCAGCUUGGUGAUAGUUAUGAGGUUACUGGCCCAAAUAGUUCUUUACAAGGAAAGAAAAUCUGAAAGUGCAGAUUUUUUUUUUUCAAUUCACUAUAUUGCUACACACACAAAUAUUCUUGUAAUUACAAGUAAUAAAAUAUCUGAACAUGCGAAAUUUGGCAUAAACUUAAAAAAAAUUUAAAGCUUGCACAUUUCCGUUGAGGAUAUGGGAAAUUUAGUUUUUUUUUCACAAUGCCUUUUUUGAGGAAAGACGAAAGUAUGCAAUCUUCAAUGAGCACAGCAGUGCUCUCUCUCUUGUGUGCUCGUUUGACUCCAUGGUUCCGCACGUUCUGUACUCUAGCCUCUGGGGAGUUCAGUAGUUGCUCUCUGCUGCCAUGCUGCGGCAUAUUCAGUUCGCUUAGUUUUUACCAUUGCUAUCCGUUUUCAUUUCAGAAAGGAGUUUUCCAAGUGAUCCGAUUCUUGGCUGCAACAUGAUAUUGGAGAUUUUUUUAUAUAUAUCAAACAGUAAAGCUCAUCUGCAUUUUUCUUGAGUACCAUUAAAACAUGGCAUUCAAUAAUCCGGCAAUAUAUCCAAUCGGACAUAGCCUUGUUUGAAACGUGGCUAAAUACAGGAAAAAGAUUUGCAUUCUUUUUAUCAAUCAGCUAAAAUUCAAAUGCAUAUUUCUAUGUGCUGCUUCUGCUAUUAGCUUAGUUUAUAGUUUAUCUGGAGGACUAUGAACCAAUGAGAAACCCUCCAUCAAGGACAUAUUUUUCACAGGCUACCUCGUUGAAUCUUCUCGUAAGUCAGCAGCCAAUCAACAGGUGACAUGGGUGAGGCAACUGUGCAGUCUAUCAUGCAGGUUGCUGAACCUGCAAAUGUGUCCUGUUCCUAUGAAGAAACAAGCUUUGUAACACAAACACUUUAAGGUGCUCUUCAGACAAAGAAUGAUAUAGGAUAAAACUAUACAACUGUUUUACAAGUUUAUCCCCCAAAAGGAUUCAAUUAAGAAAACAACCAUAUUAUGAAUACUUUAUAUUUAACUACCUAAGAAUACAUACAUAAAAUAUCUGUACACACAAAAAAAAUGUCAAUGUGGCAUUACACUCGAUUAAAACCUGCAAUGCCCAGUUUUAAAUGCAUUAUUUCCCCCUCACUGCACCUAAUUAGGCCUGUCAAAUUUGCGUGGGUGCAAUUCCGAUAAGGGGAGACCAUGUCGAGCCUAAAACAUCAGUAACAAUAACGUGUCUACAAGGACUAGACAGGAAGUGAUUGAAUAUACAAUGUGUUAGAAUACAUCAAACCGAUCAUUGCACACACACACACAACCAUACAUGGAAACAUUAGUAAGAAUAUCCUACAGAGCAAACAUAACUUCACGUUCCAAAAUAGUCCUUGUAAGCAAAUUAAAGUGUGCAUCUUUUUUUCAUAUUUCUUUACAAAAAUAUAACUACUCACUUAUACAUUUAUAAUCCUAACACAACCAUCUUUUUAGCAACUUAGUAUUACAGGAAGUUACUUGCUACGAAAACAGAAGUGUGCUGGCUAUGCUAGUAGUCUUCACGCGCUACCGUUAACACUGGGAUUAAUGCGAGCUUUCCAUCCGGGAGAACGUCCGCUGGCCGUGCCGAGCGCCCUUCGGGUUGGGAACGGAGGAGAAGUGGGUUGGGAGGGAACCCAGGCACAAAUCCCAGACUAGACUAGUGCACUGUUUCCAGAAAUGAGAUGCUGCUGAGACAGUCACCUUACCUAGAUGAGCCCUCUGCCAACCUCAACUUUACUUCCAAUUCAUAGAGCAGUCUCCUUGACUUUAGCUGCACUGAACACUACACUGCAAAACAACUACAUUAUAUUUUGUGCCGAAACUUCCGAAAAAGUACACCAUGUUUAUUAACCAGUGGUUAAAACUCACUGCAGAAACAAAACAAUCUGAAAGAAUAGCUACGAAUAGUUUGGAAAUAUAAACAAGCUGACACACAAGCUGCCGAGAAAAAAAACAGUGAGAGAGAUCACUUGUUUCAACAUGUUGACACAUUCACAAAUACUGCACGGUGAAGUAAAUAGAGUACACUAGUAUCAAAUGCUCAUAAAAUGUAAGAAAUUACAACCUGGGCAGAAUUAAGAUGAUAAAAAAGUAAAACCUCGUGCAAACUUCCCUGAUCAGACACACGACUCACGUCACCUGUAUCCUGUCACUGAUGGCAAUGACACAGGACAGUCACUGCAGGAGAGGGAAACUCUUUUUUGGAAAGGCAGUUUUUUGUUUUAAUGCAUUCCUUUGGGAAAUCUGAGAAGAAUCACACCUUGGAACACACAUCUAUAAUUUUAAAAUUAAUUAUUUUUAUAAUUUAGUUCAAAGAUUUCCCGUAGGUACUAAUGUUUUGGUGAAAUCAGGAAUGGUUUGCAGAUUGAACAUGAGACGCAAUAAAAAUAACUACAUGCAUACAAUUGGACUGCGCAAGGAAACCGUAAAAACG